AUGUGGGCAGUGGUGGAUGCUGGCACGAAGACGGAGGGAGGGCAUUCUCUCGCCGGACGACGCCAGUUGAACGCCAAGGUCCAAGGAGCCGUGGCGGUGUAUAGGGAUGUUAUGGAUACAGCAGCCGAGAAGAAGCCGUUGAAUAGCAGCCCUGGUUCCGUUAAGACCGAAGCGAGCUCACAGAACACCCAGAAACCCAUCAACAGCGUCACGGAGGACACCACUUACUAUCGAGCCACUCAACGAGCAAAGCAGUUGACGGAGUCCUGUGGUGUCGGGACGUUCGACGGCGAUAACGGCAAGUUUAUAUCAUUUAUAGACAACCUACAGAGUGCUUUACGUUGCAUCCCGUUUGUAUCGGCGGCGGCCAAAAUAGA